GUAUGCCUCUGAGUUCAUGCGCCUGCGCGCAGAUGCCAUGGCCCGGCUCCAGUCUCUGAAGGAGUCCCCGAGCCCGGGCAAGACGAAGUCCCUGGAGAAGGCCGUCGAUGACAUGGAAUCCAACUGGCGGCAGAUUCAGGUACAGCUCCGACUUGGCCUCUCGGGCGCGGGCUCCUCGCGAGAAUGGGAGCCUCGAGCCACGGGCCUGCAGCGGAAUCGCAAAAGGUUCGAAUUCUUCUGUCGGGUGUGA